AUGCCCUUCUCGUCUCUUCCCCUCGAAGUGGUCUCACACAUCGCCUCCCUCUUGCAACCGCCGUGGGCGCCUGGACCAAUAACCGAAACAUCCUAUACCGACACGGUCGAUCCUCAACCCCCUUCCGACCGCUUACCAGUGAAUGACAUUUCUGCAUUCUCUAGAUCCUCUCAUAUAACACUUCAAGCUGCGAGACCUUGGCUUUGGGAAAACGUGGAUGUGAAGUCUGGUAGAGGCUGGUUGGCCAUUGUCAAUGCCUUGACAGAGGAAGUAGUGGACAUCAAGGAGAUCCCUGCGAGUCCUGAUUUAGCUUCAUCUCAACAACCUGGCUUCCCCUGGGGACCUGUAUCGCCUGAACAGGCGCAUGCCCAACCUGCGACUCUGAGUCUGGCAAGGUACAUUGCGCCACCAGUGACAUAUCCUACUCCUUAUGCGACCGCAUCCAAUGUCCCGAUACAGGGCUUGCCCUAUUCGCCUCAGCAACCCUCUCACGCCGCCCUUCUGUUGACACCUCCCGCUUCGAGGAAUGUCUCUCCGUCUCCGCUCGUCUCUGCGCGCUUGAGAGGUAGAUCUAGAUCACCUCGUCGAUCUCUUGGGCUCGAAGGCGAAGGGAUCUCUGCGGUACUGGAUCGAUCUAGAUCUCUUAGUUUACACCGGACAGCGAGUUGGCGCAGCGAUAGUGGAAGCGUUCGUCGACCUCCAAUGCCUCGCCGUCGGACAAGUCUGUCCAGGAGCCGGACUAUGCCCGUGGAUGGGGAGUACGACGAAGAAGAGGAUGAGGACGAGGACGAGGUGCCACCUUUACGGGGUGAAGAAACGCAGUCAGUCUCUUUGGACGAUAGUGAGGACGAGUCAGACCAUCAGAACGAGCUUUUACCGCCACCUGGACCUUAUAUUCGCCAUCUGUCCUUCAAUAAUUUCCGCACGGUCGGAAGUAGACGAACGCAGGACGAAGCUGUUCGAGGGAGGUUCGUCACCGCCGGUCGACUGGAGGGCGUGAUCAAGAAUGCCCCAAAUCUAGUGUCAUUGUGUAUGACAGAGUACGUCGAUUCGUCAUUGACGUUACCUGUCCUCGAGGAAAUGGUAUUCAGGGGGUACCGUCAAUCUCGGGGAUCAUUGCAACGUGCUUCCAGAUCGCGCGGACGAUCCCUCUCCAUUGAUCCCACACCAGUCGUCGCUCCCACGUUUGUGUCUCAAACGGAACCCAAUAGACCGACCUAUGUGCCAUACGAGACAGAAACAGAGGAGCAGAAAUGGCGUCGGCGAUCCUUAUUCACAGCCUUGGAGGCUUUGGACUUGACUGGCUGCGUCAGCUCGGUCUUCAACGAGGCCAUGUCGGAGUUUUGGGAGACUUGGUAUGCCCCUGAAGAGACUCGCGGUCGUGGACGUCGACGACAUCGGUUAGGUGAAGCUCCGAGCAGCACAGAUGAGUCUGACGAGGACACGUCUGUUCUCGCUCCUCAAGAACCCACCAGUAGGCGGAUCCCACGGUUCUAUAUCAUGAAGCGGCUCUCACUCCGCUCGUGCACAACUCUACCCCCUCAGAUUAUCUCCGAUUUUGUCUGCUCCUUUCCUAAUCUCACCCACCUUGAUCUCUCCGGUACACGUGUCCCGUCAACGUUCCUCAGCCUGUUGAUCGAGCGACCGCCUAUGACCCUUCGGUUCCAGUCUCUCAGCUUGGCGCGAUGUCCUCGAUUGCAUCCGUCCAUCGUUGUUGAUUUCCUCAAGGAUAGCCCAUGCGCAAGGGACUUGAUCGAAUUGAACCUGUAUGCUACGCCCACACAGAGCAACUGCAUCGGCCCGGAGGAUGCUGAACGGAUGCUAUCGGCGCCUUGCUUCAAGUCGGGCAAGCUGAGGUAUCUGGACAUCUCUGGAGCUGGUAUGGAACCGCGCCAUUUGAUUGCCAUCCCUAACCAGCCCAGCCUUAUCUCCCUUGGCAUGUCACAUAUGCCGCUGCUUUCCGUCAUCUCGAUCCAAGAAUUCCUACUCAACAAAGCUCCGCACGUCGAAGUCCUGACUCUGACUGGCACGGGUAUCUCACCCAAUAUGGCACCUCUUCAACUCACUCUCGAGCUUCAUUCACGACUCAUUAAUCCUCUCACAACCAUCCCAUUCUCUCUUUCUUCCCUGUCCCUCAACAGCAAUGGCCCAGACUUGCGGCCCGGUCCCACUCGACUUCGAGUCAUUGAACUGAGCAGUAGCGUCCGACGAGGUAUCGCCGAUGGAGCGAGCGGAGAAUGGAAAGUCAUCAAGUCAAAAGGAGGUCGAGGUUGGUAUGUGGAUUUAUCGGCAGGGUGGAUGAACGGUCAAUUCGUACGGCAUUUACCUGCUGAUCAUCCGCAUCGAACUUGGUUGACCCAUCUCGCGCUGGCUCAAGGCAGAGUGGCGAGUGCAGUCGGAUGGCAUAAUCGGAAGAUGGAGAUUGAAGCCUUCUUCUCCCUUCUUGAUGAAUAUUUUGCCUCAAGACCUCACUUGUUGUCCAAAUCUCCAGCAUCUUCACCGGGAAUAGGACUAUCCAAUGGCAAAGUGACUCUUCCGCCAGUCAGUCUAUCGACCAUCAAUAAGUUUGUGACUGCCGCUGGGCAGCCUCCACCUAAUGGAACGGCUGCGGGGGGUGCGGCCAGUCCAGGUAGUGGCGCAUUAUCCCCUACGAGUCCAAAGUCCGAAGCGGAUCUCGAAAGGGAGGCCAAAGCGAGACAACAGGAGAAGGAUAGAAUGGAUCUCGCGCUGAGGUUAGGUAAAGGCGCCAUUCGAGGUUCUUCAGCGGCUACAAGAGGCAGUCUGAAUCUCAUCACCAAGUCUGAUAAACUCAUGGGUGCUUUGGAUAAACGAGGAGCUGGAGGUUUAGUCAGAGGCGCUCAUUCUUUAUCUCAGACGGCAGAUGGCUAUCUCCGUCCACCAAAGAAAGACGCAGCGGCGGAACAAGCUCAAGCUGCGGGAGGUGCAGAAUCUCCUCCGGCCUCAGCAAAGAAGGGCGGAGCGUUUGGACUGCUCGCUGGGAAGGCUUCAGCACUAGGAGGGGGAUCAAAAACAGCUUCUCUUCCUCCUCCCACGAGAAGAACGACGGCGCCAAUGCCCGUUGCUGAACCUGAGCCACAAACUUUCGGGGCGGAAUCUCAAGCUCAAGCAGUGUACGACUAUACCGGGGCGGAUGCUGGGGAUCUAAGCGUUCAGACUGGCCAGAUUGUAAAUGUAUUAGAAAAGACGUCUGCAGAUUGGUGGACAUGUGAGGAUGGCAACGGAACGAGGGGACUGGUGCCUUCCAACUAUUUGAAAGAAUUGUAA